CAGAGCCGGACAGAGGAAGUGUGUGUGUAUGUUUGGGUGUGUGUAUGAGUGAGUGUGUGUGUGAGUGGCGCUUGGACGGAGGAAAGUUUGUCCCUGGAUCAGACAGGACAGGGUUGUAUUGGGAAUACGGUCAGAACACGUGAACGGUGGAUCCUACUUGCUGUGUGCUGUGGUGUGAGCGCGUGAAUGCGCGUGUCGGGGCGGCAGCGGAGGCGGUGGUGGUGGCGUGAGACGGAUCUUCUCUCUGCCCGGUUCAGUGUGUCUCAGCUCGCCUGAGAUGGGGAAGGAGCAAGAACUGCUGGAGGCAGCGCGCACCGGGAAUGUGGCCGCAGUGGAGAAGCUGCUGAGCGGGAAGAGAGCCACGUCCGGUGGUGGUGGUGGCGGCGGCGGCGGAGGAGGAGGAGGAUUUGGUGGAGGAGGCGCGGGACACGGCUCGAGCGGCGGCGUACACAGCGCGAGCGCUCACGCGCUCUCCAGCUUACUCAGUAUUUGGAGGGUCCCUAAUGUGAACUGCGUGGACAGUAACGGAUACACGCCUCUCCACCACGCCGCACUGAACGGACAUAGUGAAGUGGUAGAGUUGUUAUUAAAGAACGAAGCUGCCACUAACGUAGCGGAUCAUAAGGGAUGUUAUCCGCUUCAUCUUGCUGCCUGGAAAGGAGAUCAGCGCAUCGUCCGGCUGCUCAUCCACAAGGGGACGUCCUAUCCCAAACUCAACGAACAGACUCUAGACCACAGAGAAUUCAAACGCUGUGGCCCGUUUGACCCCUAUAUUAAUGCCAAGAACAACGACAAUGAGACGGCUCUGCACUGUGCGGCGCAGUACGGACACUCUGACGUGGUGCGCGUGUUGUUGGAGGAACUGACCGACCCCACCAUGAGGAACAACCGCUUCGAGACUCCGCUGGACCUCGCUGCACACUACGGUCGCCUCGAGGUCGUCAAGCUGCUGUUGUGUGCGCACCCCAACCUUCUCAACACGCACACACACACUCUAACGCAUACGCCGCUUCACCUUGCCGCACGCAACGGACACCUGCCUGUUGUAGAGGUGCUGCUCGGCGCCGGAAUGGACAUCAACUACCAGACGGAGAAAGGCAGUGCCCUGCAUGAAGCUGCUCUUUUUGGGAAGACAGAAGUGGUACAGAAGCUGCUUAAUGCAGGGAUUGAUGUGAAUAUUGUGGACAAUAAGAACCGCACAGCACUGGACAUUGUGAAGGAAAUGCCAUCUCAGAAAAGCCGCCAGAUUGCUGCUCUCAUCCAGGCUCAUAUGAGCGGUCAGCCUUCUGAGCUCUCGCCUCCUCCAGUGCUGCCAUCCCAAGAGAACCUAAGAAGGGGUCAAGACGUGUGUGUCGAUGUGUCUGAAGAAAGCCCUUAUGAAGCGCUGUUUGAAGCCUCGUCAUGUCACUCGUUGGACAGUUUGGCCAGCGGGAAAUCAUCAGAUCGAGAUUCAGGAAGACCAGAGAGUGAAGCGGGCAGGUCGUUUGUGAAAGACCGCCCUCCACCGCCGUCCCACUCUGGAGGUACAGCACACGAGGAAGAGCUCAGCUCCGAGGCGGUCUACACCAGCAGUAGUUUGGAUGAGAGAGUGGAAGAUGAUGACGAUCAUACAUACGAAACACUGCACACAGCACAGACCAAACACCCCAAUGAGACACAAACGGAUAAGGAUUCUCCUGCCAAGUCUUCCAACAACCUCUUACCUCAGCAAUGGAAGACCACUACACCUGAUGAUGUUCGUCCUCCUGGCUCAAACACACACCUCCUGAAUCAUCCAGACGGCUCAGCUGUGCCCGAGCAGUUCACCGGUCUUCUUCACGGAUCUUCGCCUGUCGUUGACACACGGGAAGGAGCGGAGCCUUCGCAAUUGCCCUCUGACCGAGGGUCCCCUAAGUGCCCGCCACCGGAUUCUAUGGCAACCGUCCGGCCCGACCCGGACCCCAAGGCUAUCUACGCUACUGUGAACAAAGAGCCACGCGACUCGCCGAGCCGGAACCGUCCCGGAGACCUGAAGCUCUCUCGCAGUCUGUCCAAAUCUGACUCGGACCUUCUGUCGACCCCGCCCACUGAAGAGGAGGCGGGGCUGAGCGGCCGCAGCGAAUCCAUGUCCAGCUGCAGUGCUGCCAAACGGAGGAUGGAGAAAUCGCCAUCGUUCACGUCAGAGUGGGACGAGCAGACACAGAGGUGUUACUCGUCCGAUUGGCAGAGACACUCGUCCUCACACAACAUCGAGAAGAUCAUGACGCUAAUCGGAGCAGGGUUCGACUUCCCUAAAGAGCAGGAGAGCAGCUUAACAGGGCUUGGGAUGAUAUGCGAUCAGUCAGUAGGAGACUGGCUGGAGCGCACCGGCCUGCCACAGUACGAGAGCAAACUUCUGUUAAACGGCUUUGACGACCUGAGAUUCAUGGGGAGUAACGUGAUGGAGGAGCAGGAUCUGAAGGAGAUCGGGAUCACAGAUGCGACUCACAGGAGGAAACUUCUGAAUGCUGCUCGCACACUG